GGAGCAAUGAUGAUCUUGUCAAGCAUUUCACUGAGACCAGCCCAAGUUUUUAGGGUGGGGAUCCAGACUGGUUAUACGUACCUUCCCUCCUUCUCCCAGUGGAAGGCAGAAACACCUCAAAGCCUGCAUGUAAGAACAUCUACUGGGAAAUUAUUUUAAUCAGACACCAGCUGAGUGAGAGAAAGAAAAAGAGCAGAGAAGAACAAACAAAUCUCCUCGGCCGUGGAUGUAACAGAAGCCAGCAGCAGCGAUGGACUGGCCCUCCUUCAGAAUAGCUGCAGUGCUGCUCAUUUUUCUGGUGGUGCUUGAAGUUAACAGUGAAUUCCAAAUUCAGGUAAGAGACUAUAACGCCAAAAACAGUACCAUCAAGUGGCACUCCAUCAGAAGGCAGAAACGUGAGUGGAUCAAGUUCGCUGCAGCCUGCCGGGAAGGAGAGGACAACUCAAAGAGAAACCCAAUUGCCAAGAUUCAUUCAGAUUGUGCUGCAAACCAGCCAGUGACCUACCGCAUCUCCGGAGUAGGAAUUGACCAGCCACCUUAUGGAAUCUUCAUUAUUAAUCAAAAAACUGGUGAAAUCAAUAUAACCUCCAUUGUCGAUCGGGAAGUCACCCCCUAUUUCAUUAUCUACUGCCGAGCUCUGAAUGCACAAGGUCAAGAUUUGGAGAACCCACUGGAACUCAGAGUCAGGGUUUUGGACAUCAAUGACAACCCUCCCGUGUUUUCCAUGACUACAUUCCUAGGACAAAUAGAAGAAAAUUCUAAUGCAAACACACUGGUAAUGAGACUCAACGCUACUGAUGCAGAUGAGCCAAAUAACUUGAACUCAAAGAUAGCCUUCAAGAUCAUAAGACAGGAGCCUUCGGACUCACCAAUGUUCAUCAUCAACCGGUACAGUGGAGAAAUCCGAACGAUGAAUAAUUUCCUAGACAGAGAGCAAUAUAGCCAGUAUUCUCUCGCGGUGAGAGGCUCGGACCGUGAUGGUGGGGCAGAUGGCAUGUCUGCAGAAUGCGAGUGCAGCAUCCGAAUCCUGGACGUCAAUGACAACAUCCCAUACUUGGAGCAAUCGUCCUAUGACAUCCGCAUUGAAGAGAAUGCGCUGCACUCUGGGAUACAACAGAUCAGAGUCAUUGAUUUGGAUGAGGAAUUCUCGGACAACUGGAAGGCAGUCAUUUUUUUCAUCUCUGGAAAUGAGGGGAAUUGGUUUGAAAUAGAAAUGAAUGAAAGAACAAAUGUAGGAAUUCUGAAGGUUGUCAAGCCCUUAGAUUAUGAAGCCAUGCAGAAUCUACAACUCAGUAUUGGUGUUCGAAAUGUAGCUGAGUUCCAUCAGUCAAUUAUUUCUCAAUAUAAACUCACAGCAACUAUGAUCACCGUGACUGUGUUGAAUGUGGUGGAGGGCUCAGUGUUCAGGCCAGGAUCAAAGACAUUUGUAAUAAACAGUAAAAUGGGAGCAAAUUACCAAGUGGGAGACUUUGUAGCUACGGACCUGGACACAGGCCGAGCUUCAACAAAUGUUAGAUAUGUGAUGGGAAAUAACCCAGCCGACCUGCUGGCUGUUGACUCAAGAACAGGCAAAAUAACGUUAAGAAACAGAGUUACCAUGGAGCAAUACAGAAUGCUCAACCGGAGAUAUGAAGGAACAGUGUUGUCAAUAGAUGAUUCUCUUCAGAGGACCUGCACUGGAACAGUCAUCGUUGAACUGAGCGGCUCUGGCUAUGAGCAGAACACAGAAGGUGGUGGCGGCGACACUUCCGGUGGCGGCGGCACUUCCGGUGGCGGCGGCACUUCCGGUGGCGGCGGCUCUUCCGGUGAUGGUAACACCUCUGGAGGACAGACUUACACAAAUCAAACCACUUCUACUGAGGGACCUCAGCGCGUCACAAACCAACAGUCGGGAGGAGGCGACGUAGAUGGCCGUGAUGAAACGUAUGACGACGGUUCGCGGCAAGGCGACGACGUCGGGGACAACGUUCACUUCGGUCCAGCAGGCAUCGGGCUGCUCAUCAUGGGGUUCUUAGUCCUAGGACUGGUCCCAUUCUUGUUGCUCUGCUGUGACUGUGGAGGCGCCCCAGGUGGUGGAGUUGCAUUUGAACCUGUUCCAGAAUGUUCUGAUGGAGCAAUCCACACAUGGGCAGUAGAAGGUCCACAGCCCGAACCCCACGAUGGUAUAACCACCAUCUGUGUACCCCAAAUGCCACCUGGUAAUGCCAACAUUAUAGAAUGCAUUGACAACUCAGGAGUUUAUACAAAUGAAUACUGUGGCAGAGAAAUGCAAGAUCUGGGAGGAGGAGAAAGAACUACAGGAUUUGAGAUGAUGGAUGGAGUUAAAACAUCAGCUGCACCUGAGAUAUGCCAAGAAUAUUCAGGAACAUUAAGAAGAAAUUCAAUGAGAGAAUGUAGAGAUGGAGGUCUCAACAUGAAUUUUAUGGAAAGUUACUUCUGUCAGAAAGCCUAUGCUUAUGCGGACGAAGAUGAAGGACGCCCAUCCAAUGACUGUUUGCUUAUCUAUGACAUUGAAGGUGUAGGCUCCCCUGCAGGCUCCGUGGGCUGUUGCAGCUUCAUUGGAGAAGACUUAGAUGAAAGCUUCCUGGAUACCUUGGGGCCCAAGUUUAAGAAGUUGGCAGAUAUCAGCCUGGGGAAAGAAAUAGACUCAUAUCCAGACCCUGACCCUUCUUGGCCUCCUCAGAGCACCGAACCGAUACGCCCCCAGCAAACAGAGCACCUGGCUAGUGGACUUCCACCCAUCUCCCCACAUUUUGGCACUACCACAGUAAUUUCUGAGAACACCUACCCCACUGGCCCUAGUGUGCAGAAUCCUAUGCCAAUUCCUGAUCCUCUCGGCUAUGGUAAUGUCACUGUGAUGGAAUCUUAUGCCACUUCCGGCACUCUCAAGCCUUCUGUCUACUUUCAUGAUAACCGGCAGGCUUCAAAUGUAGUGGUGACAGAGAGGGUGGUGGGCCCCAUCUCUGGUGCUGAUUUGCAUGGGAUGGUAGACAUACCUGACUUAAGAGAUGGAUCAAAUGUCAUAGUGACAGAAAGGAUAAUAGCACCAGGCACAAGCCUACCCACCACUCUGACCAUUCCUAACCCUAGAGAGUCUUCAAACGUGGUUGUGACAGAAAGAGUGAUCCAACCAACUUCUGGCCUGAUAGGCAACCUGAGCAUGCCCCCUGAGUUAUCAAAUGCUCACAACGUGAUUGUGACAGAGAGGGUGGUUUCUGGAGCUGGUGUGAGCGGAAUUAGUGGCACCACUGGAAUAGGCGGGGUUGGAGGCAUAGGCAGCAGUGGCCUGGUCAGCACGACCAUGGGUGCUGGCAGUGAGGCUCUGAGUGGAACCGGAGUGGGUGGUAGCGGCACCGGCCUGAGCAGCUUUAGUGGAGGCGGGGGCAUGAGCAGCAUGGGAGGGACAGCCACUAUUGGCCACAUGAGGAGUUCCUCUGACCAUCACUUUAGCCAGACAGUUGGAUCUGCCUCUCCUAGCAUGGCUCGGAGCCGAAUCACAAAGUAUAGUACGGUACAGUAUACCAAGUAGUCAGGGUCUCACAGUGCUGUUCACCAUCACCACUGUGAUGUACCUUCAACUCCUGCCCCCCCCCCAAUCUAACAGUGCAGUUCAUAAUGCAGAGCAGGUUAUAGGAGACCUGUGGAGAAAGGUGAGGAGCCGCAGUAAAAAUAAUAAAUGGACACGUCACCAGGGGGAGAGUGCUCCCUAGCACUGAUAAACAUUUAUCUUAUAUUAAACAGUAAUGAAAUAAUGACAGUGAACUUGAGGUAUAGUCUUAUUUGUGGCUAUGUGGUCUACAGGGUUGUUUUGGUUUUUUUGUUUUUAAAUAUGUAUGCCCUGUAGGGUAUCACCAGCAUGUUGAAUAAAUAAAAUGUGGCUAAUGUCAAAGCAUUGGCUUUAAAUGGAAGUGGAAGAAUUCUUCUUGCUACUGAGAAAUUAACAAAAAGAUACAGUGUGUAGUUUAUGAUCACUUAGGUGAGAAAAAUCUGACAUUUUCUUCACAUAUGCCUUGUCUGCUUCACAUGUAAUACAGUCAAAAACCCCCCAACAAAUUUAGGCUAAGGUUAAUAAAAUUCUAACUGCAUAGUUAAGUCCAUAAGAUGUCAGUUAGCAUUACCUUGACCACAUCUAAACUGCAUUUGAUGAAAUAAUUUUCAAAUAAAGAAAUAUGCCCUAGAAGGAAAACCCCAUAGACAGUACCAAUACAGUGAGACUUGUUUGGCACAAACUGAGCUGAAACUCAAGAUGGGAUUUCAGUUAAGUCCUCCGUGGAGUCGGGGAUUUCCCUGGCUCCAGCUGUGUUUGUAGGUGUGACUUUGAAGAAUGUUGCUUGCUAGGGAGGAUGUUAAAUCCUCCCAAGCGCACAGACUGGACAGUGUUACGUCUUGAGUCUCAGCAGUAAGUGACACUCCUUCCUGUGCAGCUCUUCAGCGCAUAACUCCAAAGUUAAAAUAGUUUCCUUAAGCAGAGCUGUCAGGAAGAAGCUUGCAGUAUGGCUAAGCCUGGGCUAAUUUUUAAGGGACUCUUGGGGGAGGGGGGGCUGUUUUUAGAACAUGAAAACUGUCUUAAGUGGGGAACGUUAGAAAAGAAUUAUUUGUUCAGGAAAGGAAUAUCAUACAAUUAGAUAGAGUUGAGACUAGUGUUUUUCUUUGAAUGGCCCUCUACUGCCACUUGGGAGUGAUCAACCAGGGCCCUAUCCCAGAAGUCAUGUUACUUUAGACAGAGUAAAAUAGUAACUAGACAAGCUCAUUCCUCAAUUAAAAUGUUUCAUGAAUACAACUUUGAAAUUCUUCAUUUGAUUUGUCAAUAAUCUCUUGGCUUCUAGGUAUUCUGACGUAAAGGAGGUUUACAAGUUAUCGUAUGAUAUAUUUUUCUAGCUUUGAAAUUUAGUAAUGUUCUAUUUAUGAUGUGAUGUUUCUGUGUGUUUGCCAUAUGGCGUUACCUGAUUUCAAAUCUCUUAGGAGAAUCAAAGCUUUCUAAGAGACAGGUACGUUUACUAUUGCAGGGUAGAGGAAUCUUUUCUUGUUUUUAAACUCAGUGUUAAAAUUAGCUCACUAAAGUGAGAUGGGAUACAGCAAAAUAAAAAUAGAGAAAAUACUGCCCCUGGAGUUGUGAAUUAUAUACAACUUUUAAAGAUGUUUUCUCCUGAUUUCUCAUUUCUCAGAGUGGUACAGAACCUCCAGCAUUUGUCAAAGAUCUAGGGGUGAAUGAUUAGUCCAGCAAGAGCUACUUUGUUCUGUAUAAGAGCAAAUGCAGCUAAUAUUUUAAAGGCCACAAUAUGUCUAAUUUUACCUAUAUAGAACAUGUAAAACUUUGCUAAUGUGGAGCAUGCCAAAAUGCUGAUGUGUAAAUAAAGUCACUCAAAGAGUCUUUCUUUUAUUUUGUUCUAAAAUUUGGGGUAAUGCAUUGAGAAUAUGUAAUUUUCAAAAAUUCAAAAGGUAUCUGUUGAAAUAUCUUUGAAGAUACCUAGGUCUGCAAGUUUGAACAGAUAGAAAUACUACAAUUUUCCUUCCUUCCUUAGUUCAUUCAUUCAUACAAAGGAAUGUGUAUUUGUUACCUUAAUGUGCUAUAUUGUUGUAUCUUUACUUAGAUGCCUGGUUGAAACCCAAAGUUUGUUUCUUUUUUUAUUAUUAUUAUUGUCUAACAAGUAACAAUAUGGCCAUCUUUUAAAAAUAUGAUUAGAAUUCAUCAAUUAUAUAAAAUCUGGGAAAAUAAAAUUGUAAAUGGAGGACAUGUCUCCCGUUUCCCAGGAAAGUUAACUUCAGAUCAAACUAUUUCUUGCAAGGUGUACAACAGUGUUCUGUUUAGUUCUGCAUCUUACAAUUCUGUUUUUAAAAAAUCAUUGCAUCAUUGAAAGGUAGCUGCUCAUGACUGGCCUUUCGGCAGGAUCUCACUCAGUGCUUUAAUCUGAACCACGGGUGUUGCUCCACAGACAUAGGAGAGAAAAAGAAUCCUUUCGCAAAUAAAUAGCUAGAUUUGUGAUUCAUAAACCAGGCUGACUCUUAAAUCAACAUGCUUUCAACCAAAGGAAGAAGAAGUAAAUAUCACCAUAAUGUUAUUCAUGUGUGGUUUGAAAAUAAAGCACAAUAAAGCAUCUUGCUUUCUGAAGAGGAAGGCCCCAGAGGCAGAGCCAAUUGUGUCACUAAUGCUUUACUGUUGAACAUGAAUCAAAUGACAUACUCAGAUGAUUUUGACAUAUAACUCCAGAAAUGUCCAUAUCAUGCUGUUUACCUUUAGUGAGUGUUCUGUUUCACUUGUUGUAAUGUGCUGACAGAAGUUUAAUUAUGAGCAUUCAGAAAUCGCAAUUCUAUGUUAAGCGGAUGGUUUCAGUUACAACACUUAUUUCUGAAUCCAUGCCAAGAUUUGGUUGACAUCAAGGUGCCUUACAUGACUUUAGCAGAACCUCAAAAGCAUUAUCGUUUCUUGGACAGACAUUGAAAAAUCCAAGUAAACUCCCAAGUGCUUGGCACACUUUCCAAUGUGCUUAACAAACCCCGACUCUCGGAAGAGUGUUUGUAGGGUCCAGUGCACAUUGGCCUGGGGUGUUCACAGUACAGCUUUCACGCCCAUGAAAUUCAGCCUGCCUCUGCCUCCAGAUUAUUCAACUUGUGUGACGACGAAACUUGAGUAGAUCAACCGACCAUCCAACAAAUACUUUAAAGUGCUGAAUAAUUUUUUCUUUAAUUCCCUAGACUCCCUCCCAUUGAGCUGUAUUUGUAUAAACACUUUAUAACCAAAAUACACUUACUUUAACUUAUUUUUUCUUAAACUGUUUUCCAAUUUUUAAAUUCUCAUUACCACCUUUUGCAGUGUUUAAAGACAAGGUGCUUUUUUUUUAUAAUAUAUAAACAUCGGGGGAUGAUUUGGGUGCUAGGUCCUUGCUUCAUCAUCUGUUGACUAUUUUAAGACAGUUUGUAAUUUCUGAGUAGUUGUGUUUCUAACAAUAAAUGGUUGAGAUGCCUCUGUUGUCCCUCUGGAAUUAUAAGGUCAGGGAGAUUGGGUUGGAUUAGAUCAGAAGAAAUAAUUAGGACUUAUCAAAUGCAGUUAUUAUCUUAAUUCUACGUUCAGCGAGACCAUUGUUGUCACAAUAUUUACAUAUGCGCUCAUUGUCCUUUUUUUAGCUUCCUCCUAUUCUGUGUUUAAUGGCAGGUCUCCUCUUCCAAAUGUCUCCCACUGACACCACGGAGCAGAUGUACAACUGAAAACAGUAAUGAGGCUUACAUUUUAAACUUUUAAAGACACAGCACUUCUUUUAUAUGGAAAUAUUUCUGUAAAUGAGAAUGCUAAAAGAGCAACAAGCCAGGCACCAGGCCUAAGUGUUUUUGGCACCCUCCCCUCAACCCCUGGCAUUUUCUGGGACUCUCGUAGAGUUGACUGUUAGCUUUUCGGACAGGGAAGGUCCCCCAGCUUCCUGCAUUCCUAUCAUCUACACUUUCACCCCAGCCACUGCAAGCCUAAGCUGGUCCUCGGGUACUACCCCAUGAUUUCACUGAAAUUCCUCAGCAACCAUUUAAGAUGAUAAUUUCAUAAGUUACCCAAAUCCUGCCUGUUACUAU